AUGUUCCACAUCCAGGAACAUCGUGUCCCGAGAAUGUUGGUGUACCUGAUAUUCAUCCUCAUUUACUCGGCCACACUAGCAUUGGCACAGUUUUGUGGCCAAGUUACCGGCAAUCAUCUCAGUUACUUGUACAGUUACAGCUACAAUGGUAAGCUCGCUUUUUUCUGUUAUAACGUCGUUUUUGAAUGUCAUUUUACAAAUGAAAAAACUGAUAUACAUAACAUUAUACUUUUCUAUAAAACCAACUUAUAGAUUCUUCUGAAUCCUUGUACGCUCCUGGCAUCACCGCAGAUGAUUCAUUGUUGUCGUGCCAGAAGACAGAAGACGCAGCCGUCCUGAAGAAGGAAACCGUCAUGUGCAAUCAUUUGUGUGCGCUCAAACUUAUACCAAUAGUAAAGAUAGGCAACAAUAGCAGUAAGUUGUAAAAUAUAUCUUUUCAUAAUGAUAUCUCUCACUUUCUUUAGAAUUUAACAAUUAUUUAACAGUUUUCCCUUUAACUUUUUUUUUUAUUUUUCGCGCCAAUUUUGACUGUUUCGAAACAAUUUUGAAAAAACAUCUUGCUUUAUUUAAACUAACCUAAUAUCUGAUUAACCCUUAAAAAUGUCGUAGAUGUGUUCAACUACACAUCAGAAGACGACAUUCCUGAAGGUUUCGAGGUUAUCAGCAGUCUUGGUCCAAUUUACUGUGCCAGAAGACACCUUCAUUGUGGAGCUACAAAGCCUUUGUAUUGGGAUACCAAAACUGGAGAAUGUAAGUAAUAUUUAGACAUUGCGGCAGUAGAUGGCCAGUAUAAUAUUGACUUUUUGAUUUAAAUGUAUUGUAACAUACUUGUAUAUUCAUUUUGGCCGCAUUUGUAUUUGAAGCAAAUCAUGUGCCAUUUUUGUUUUGAAUAUCAAAAAAAAGGCAGCACAAACUGUAAUAUAGAGCGAGAACGCCUUAUCUAAAUGUUUCAAAAAACAAUUUACAGUAACCCUGAGCAACGAGUUUGAUUCCUCGGCUGUUGCCUUAUGUUAUGUUUGGACUAAUGACUCAUCACAGUACAAGGAGCUGACACAGUAA